AAUAGCGGAGUGCUUCGGUCGUUUAUUUAACCGAGUUUGGGUGGCUGAGCCACUUCUACUACCACCACGCAACCACGAGGAGCACUGGGUUACCGCUGCACACCUCUUUCUUGACGACGGAAUGCAAUCCCACCGUGACGCAUCGGGGUUGAAUGAAGACGUGUGGUCCAUCAUCCUAUCGUUCGUCCAGCUGGACGACGCUCGCAGUCUUUCCCUCACGUCUCGAGCUAUCCACCCCAUCGCCAGGUGUAUCGUCCUGUCGCGUGCUGAGACGUCUCGACCGGGUCAUUUCAGGAAGAUCUGUACCUUCAUGCUAGGCGAUUCUCGUUCUCGUGCCUCCUGGUUGCGUGAACUCGACGUAACCUAUUACGCCCUGGUGGACCCGUCUCGCUUCACGUCCAAGCCACUGUGCGAACAGCUGGCAGAUCUUCUUGGUGCGGCACGGAACCUCCGCAUACUGCAUCUCACCUCCGUAGAUGAUUUGCUUGCAGUGGAACCACGCAUCGGCGACGCUCUCAUAUCGUUAGAGGGCCUAAAGCAUAUUAACUUCCGUAACAUCUCAUCUGGUACCCUCUACGUCGCCGAACAGAUGAGGAGCCGACCAACAACUGUGGCGCUCUCGUUUGGCUCAGGAACCUCGCUCCUUGACAACCUAGUCACUUUGAGCCAUCUCGACUUACUCCGCGAUGUGCACACGGUGGGGCUAUACAGCCUGCCAGAGCCGUCCCGGGACUGGGAUUUGGCUGUCGAGCACUUUGCGCUCGGGCAGCUUGGACAGCUGCCUGCUGUGCGUGAGGCCCGCCUGCGUAUGUGCGAGCCAUUGCCACUCUUCCACGUCUUUCCCAAUAUGCAGACACUGCGUGCGGAUGCCGAACUCAGCCCACUCACACCGCAAAAAUGGAUGUGGCCAGCAUCUGUGCCUCUCGUGGACGUUACCAUCUCAUUCGAGGACCUGGUCCAUUUCACGAGAGCGCCAAUUCGUCGACUCUACCUGGAGGAGUACUCCUCAUGUGAUCAUACCCUUGAUCAACUCGCCAGCACCUUGCAAUCUGCAAGACCCAUUUGUCUAUCAUUCGCCUUCUACGGGGAGGGCCGCAUGGAAAACGACCCCCUCCGCAAUUGGGCUGGUGUGUUCCAGACGAUCCUUUGCUCUCAGGGGCACCUGCGGUACCUCGAAGCUACAUUUGAUUGCACAUACGUAUACGGUGCCAACAGCUCAUCACCGUGGAUGGCAGUGCGUCCGAGUGAACCGUCUCACCUGCUCACAUUGAUGGUUUCCCCUGUUAGGAAUGGUUCCUCCCGGUCAUUGCCCAGUCCAACGGCGACUCCAGCCUCCUAUGUAUGCGACUCAACUUCACAGUCACGGUCAACUGCCGAACACAUGCCCGUGUGCCAUCCCUCAGGCUAUUGCACUCGACCAUACAAUCCUCCGCUCAACGAGUGGCGCGACAUGUGCCUUCGGUGCAGUACAUAUGCAUUGCCAUGGAGCCCGACUUCCCUGAGGAUCAGCACCUCGAGGUACGCACUUGGUGGCGCGUGUGUAUGGAUGCAGGCCAACAACGUGUAGAGAGUAUAACAAACGAGGCUGGCGAGCGGGUGGAGCAUUACAUGCGCUCUGCGGACUUUGAGCGGAAGUUAUCAUUGGACGGAUUCAUUCUCACUGGUGCUUAGGGUACACGUCUCUAAAAUUGGCCAUCCCACGGCCUUCGAGCCAGUGUGUAUACGCAAAUGUAUAG